CAACUUUUGACAGAUUGUUGCGUACAUAGACUGAGAACGAAAAUUGAAGGAAUCAGUCUGGUGUGAAAUUUUGUGCAAUUUUUUUUUGCGAUGGAUGAUCAAUUAGAAGAUAAAAUAUUUUCGCAAGUUUAUAUUAAUUCAAUGAAGAUCCUUUCAAAGUUCGCGGUCACAAUACCACCGCUAAGUUCCUGGGGACUUUUCCGUUUCUACCUGUGCGCUAUUGUGUUGUUCAUUGUUCUGUUCUAUUUACAAGCUGCUGUAGUAUGGCCGAGAGGACUUCUCCACCGGAUAACCACAUCGUUUGGUUAUACCAGAAAAAUGAAUCGACUACAAAUUAUGACAACAAAUUCGCCAGAAAAGAAACAAAGCUGGGAACAGACUAGAGAUGCGAGUAGUGUUUUUGCUGUUCAGGGACGACGUCUGAAAAUGGAAGAUCGAUUUGUAUUGGAAGAGAAUGUUAACAACACAGGCGUUUCCUUUUUUGCAAUAUUUGAUGGACAUGGCGGAGAAUUCGCGGCAGAUUAUGCGAAAGAUUUUCUCGUUCAAAAUCUACUCAACAAAAUUACAGCAGCAUCAAACUCACUAAGAGGAAUUGUCACACCGUCACAAUCAACCAAAACUGAUUGCCCUGACGACGACAAGGAGAAUACGUCUAAUCAACCGAAACCGUCAUCUACGUUAACACAACGUAGACCCAGUAUCCGCAAGUCGCUCACAGAUGAUUGUGUGUCGAACGGAAACUGUAAUCGAGAGCAAGAACUUUAUCUGAACAAAUUGGGUUCGAGCAUUCGGAACAAGGAAAGUUUCCUGAAUAACAACAACAAUAACAACAACGUCAAGCCGCAAACAUUUGACGGAAAAUGUUACGUUGAAAAUGGGAAAAUUAAUUUCGGAAAAAUGUUAACCGAUGAAGUUUUGGCAGCCGAUUUUGAGCUGGUUAAGACAGCUAAGAAAACUUCAAACUUGGCCGGAACAACAGCUUUAAUUGCGAUCGUUGACGAUUCUCGAUUAAUUGUGGCCAAUGUUGGCGAUUCAAGGGGCGUUAUGUGUGAUGCAAAAAUGAAUGCGAUUCCGUUGUCAUUCGACCACAAACCUAAUCAGAGUCGAGAGAAAAAUCGCAUCAAAGAAGCUGGUGGUUUCAUAGCCUUUCACGGAGUUUGGCGUGUCGCUGGCAUUCUGGCAACAUCCAGAGCAUUAGGAGAUUAUCCACUUAAAGACAAAAAGUUCGUAAUUGCUGAUCCUGACAUUCUUACAUUCGACCUCAGCUACAACAAGCCGAAAUUCCUGAUAUUAGCUAGCGAUGGUUUAUGGGAUACAUUUUCGAACGAAGAAGCUGUAGCAUUUAUAAAAGACCGUUUACACGAACCGAAUUUCGGUGCCAAAAGUUUAGUGCUUGAAUCGUAUUAUAGGGGCUCGGUGGACAACAUAACUGUACUAGUCAUAGUAUUCAAAGAUGGAAAGUAUACAGUGGGAUCGUCGGUAGCUUCUUAAAAUAGGAAAGACAAAGGAACACAAAAUUUCUUUUCUUUUAUUUCUAGUUUGCUGUUUAAUGAUAUUCGUUUGUUGUGUUUUACAUCGAUAUUCUUAUUGUAUCUCGAAGUGGAUGUAAGUUCUUAGAGACGUUAAUUAGUUUAAGUUGGAAAACUCAGUUUCUUUUGACAAGAAUUAUGUGAUUGAAGUGCCGUAGCACA